UAUAGGAAAGAUGCGCAGUUCCUAUCUAUAAAAACAAGAUAAAACCAGAUGGCCUUAUUUUAUCAUUAGUCAGGAUAUACUUAAGACAAAACAACAUAAAAUAUUUUCAAUAACAGUACAAUGAAAGCAGGAGUGAUAAUAUUCUUUACGUUUCUUACGGUGACGUCAUGUAGUCUAAGACGUUUUCUGGACUGUAAUGGAGGUUUUGAGUGUCCGGAUAUUGUGUCACCAAUAUGCGGAACAGAUGGACACACGUAUGGCAAUCAAUGUCACAUGGACAUGGAAAACAAGAGAAGAAUUUGCUGGAUUGGUCAUUUCAACAUGGUUAUGAAGGUCAAGGAUGGACCCUGUGAUGUGCCAACUUCAACACCAUCAGUCCAUUAAAAUUCUACCUGUUUCGUACAAUAACAAUAUAUAAAUAAAACUGUUAAAUUA